AUGAGUGAUGAACAAAAAUGGAAACUUCAAUCAGGAAGAUUGGUUGAAAAUCUUUUAUAUGAAUUAGGUCAAAAGUGCAAAUAUGAAAACCUUGUACAUUCAUUUGUAAUAAAUCCUAGAGAUAUUUUUGUAAAAUCUUUAUUUACAGAAAGUGAAUUAAAAGAGAUCAUCACCGCUCCUUAUGGAGCAAACAUUGAUAAAGAAACAAAUGAAAAUAUAGAUGACUUGUUAAACUAUAUAUAUAUGUUUUCUAAAGAUUCUACCAGUGACAUCAGAGAAGCAUUAAAUAUGCCAGACCCUAGAUUAGGUAAAGACUAUGAUCCAGAACUUCAUUUCAAAUAUGAUCAUAUACAAACAACAGUAUUUGACUGGGUCUGGGUAUUAGAAAUGAAACCAAAUCCUUUGUGUCAAGUCAUGCCAGAAAGUUGGUAUAGAAUCAAUAUAUGGCACACAAUUGAUAUUGCAUUUACAGAUAUUCCUUAUGUUUUCUUUAUUGGGCAAAUUCCAAGGCAAUUAAUAGGAAAGAAAGGUGAUGGUUAUGUAAGAUCCUUUGGGUCAAAGAAAGUAGAUUGGGCAGCUUCCGAGGUGGGACAUGUGUGGGAGGGGGAGACAGGCACUAAAAUUUUAAAAGAGGGAGGUGCAGUAUUAAUGAAAGUGAAUUUAGACUGCCCCAAAGGAUAUGCUUGUUGGUAUGUCACACAUGAAGCUUGUGAAGUGUUUGCUGAUGUAAAAAAUUUCAAUCAUACAUUAGAUAUAUUGGUUUAUAUAUUAUAUGCAAAGUUUGAAAUACUUAAAACCAUGAAAAUUGUUAAUGGGAAGGAUGAUUUUGAUCAAGAUUCAAAGCGUGAUGAAAGACAACUUAUGAAAGCAGUAAAAAAGGAUACUAAAACAACUGCUCUUAAAUUAGUCAAGAGUCUUGAAGAAUUAAACAUUGUAACAAAAGAUAAUGCACCAUGUCAUAAAGCAGCUGUAGCAAAUCGAUGGAAAGAGGAAAAUCAUAUUAUGGUUCUUCCUUGGCCUGCUCAAA